CGCGCCAACAGACAAGCCGCGCGAUGCCCGUGUACGCGGCGAUCUCGCCCAAGUACAAUGCGGCGCUCUCGAUCGAAGCUCUGCACAAUGCGGGCUUGCUCACGGACACAAGCAUGAAGAUGUACACGCCGCAGACGCUCACGCGGCUGAACCGGUUCGAGGUCGUCUUUACCUUCUUCACGGUGCCCGACUCGUCCGUGUACAGCAAAGUGUUUCACCACUUUAUGGGUAUUUCAGCGCUUGUCUCGUGCGCGUCGCUCUUUCUCCGGACGCUCGACGGCCCCAACAUGGACAUUUACCACGCGGGGCACCCCGACUACCCGAAUUUGCCCGACGAGGCCACGUAUGUGCUCCUCGACGGCAUUUUUACGUGCAUUUUCACCAUCGACUUUGUGAUUCGAAUCGUGAUUUGGCCGUCGCUCUGGGCCAACGUCGACGUGCUCAAGGAGCGCCGCUUGCUGCCGUUUGCGAAGGACGUCUUCAACUGGUUUGACGUACUCGCGCUCGUGCCCUUCUACAUCGAUCUCAUCUUUGGGAGCGGUACGAGCUUUGUCGUGCUGCGCUUGGCGCGUCUCUUGCGUAUUUUCCGCUUGGCCAAGAACAAUUCCGGCACAUACAUUCUCGUCCAAGCCAUCAUUGCCAGCGUGCCUGCGAUCACUGUCGCGUUGAUCUUUCUGACGGAAAUUGUGCUCGUGUUUUCGUGCCUCAUGUACCUCUUCAACCCGUGCACGUCCAUUGAUACGUGCAUGUUUACGGAUCUUCUCACGUCGGCCUACUAUGUUGUGACGACGGUCUCGACGGUCGGGUACGGCGACGUGGUGCCAGCCGAUGGCAACAUGCUUGGGCGAUCGACAGCGGUCGUCAUCAUGGUCAUUGGCACGCUCUUUUUGUCGAUGCCGUUGGCGAUCGUCGGCACGGAAUUUGACCGCGCGUGGCGCGACCACACGGACAAGGUCGUCACCCGCAGCAUCGAGUCGAUGCACGCGCUGGCGGCGGGCACGAGCGAAAACCAAAAGAAAACCGACCACGCGCUCGAGGAGAACCCGGAAAUUCUCACCAAGUACAUGACGCCCAACAGCCUCUACUUGCGCCUCGCCGCGCUCACAGGCGAGAUGACGCUGAUUGCGACGACGCUCAGCGCCGAGCUCAAGCACGAAACAGACAUUUCCAAGAUCUACCAGACCGCGCAAGACCUCCAUGCGCACAUGAUCCAGUGCCAAGAGCAGCACGUCGAGCUCGUCUCGACUGUCGAACAAAUGGUUGCCGAAGACCACAGCCACGACGCGAACAACGGUCGUAGCUCCAUCCGAGACCGCAUUGUGGCCUCGUUUCGGCGCAGCUGGACCGGCAAAGAGCUUCCGAAGCAAGGCGCGGCGGCCGUUGCGUCGCCCAGCACGGCGGCCGUUGCGUCGCCCAGCACGGCGACCCGCGCGUCGCGCUUCCGGCUGCGGUGGUGCAUCUUUAUCUUUAGCAUUGGCGUGCUCUUUGUGCAAACAAUGCCAGACGUCCAGCCGUUUGGUGAAAACACAGCCUACUGCAAGACGGUCGCGCAAACGUACUGCGCGUAUGCCUCGUCUUCCAACACGAGCGCCGAUCCCGGGUGCUUCUCGAGCGUCGACACGAGCGUGCCACUCAACUUUGAGUGCGACGCGAAAACGUCCGACAUGACGCACUGCUACGGACACGGCAACAACUUUGGCAGCCUCUCGCUGAGCGCUUACAACUGCUUGUACCCCAACAUCAACUACAACUACACGGGUUUCGGGAGCAUGCUGCCGUUCCGACCGAUCUGGGACCUUACCAAGGCGGAGCGUCCCAACUACGUGUGCAAGCGCCCCGAGUGCCAGCGCCGGCACUUUUACUACCUCAACGCCUCGCCGUACUGGUACGGCCUCGAGUACAUCUUCUUCCUUUGCUCGCUCGUCGAGCUCCUUUCGAUGCUGGCGCUCACGGGCCCUCGCGCAAUGAACUGGAAGAACCCAUAUCAGUGGGCCGACGCGAUCGCUUUCAUUCCCUUCCUCAUCUUUGAAGCCAAACGGUACUUUAUGGGCAUUACGCCCGACUACGCCAUCGUGCCGACCUCCAACAGCGUCCUCACGGCGAUGCGGUUUUGUCGUAUUUUCCGCUUUUUUCAAAUUCAAGCGGAAAUCCCGGCCACGUUUGUCGUGCGUGAAGCCAUUUCCAAGACGUAUCUACGCCUCGUGAUUCCGUACUUUAUGCUCGCCCUCUCGACGACAAUUUUUGCGUUUCUCAUCUACCAAGUCGAAAUGGGCACCGAGUGCUUUGUGGGGACACCGUGCACCGACAGCGCGGGCAAACUCAUCAAGUUACCACCCACGACCGCGCACAUGCCGACAGGGAAGCGCGUCUUGAUCGACGUCCGCGGCCAACUCUCCCAGUUUGAAGAUGUCUUUUCGGGCAUUUGGUUUAUCAUUGUCACGAUCACGUCGGUGGGUUACGGGGACAUUGUGCCCAAGAACAUGAGUGGCAAGUUCAUUGCGGUGCUGGCCAUGAUCUUUGGCGCUUGCUACACGGCGAUGCCCCUCACGCUUGUCGGCAGUCAGUUCAACCGGAGCUACAACGACCACAAGCGGCGCGAGGCCCUCACGCGCACCAAGAACGACGUGGGGUCGCGCCUCACGCUUCCGGCCCCCGACUUGACGAGCUGGAAGCUCUUUCGGACGCAGUCGUUCAUGGCGGAAGUGCAGUCCAUGUACGAGCGCGAGUUCAUGUCGCUCUUGCCCGAGCUCGACGAAGACCUUGUCGCGCAGCUUACGCUCUCGGAGGAAGAACGUUCCGAGAAGAUUGCCAUCAUCACCAGAGUCAAGGACAAGAUCGAAAAGUACAAGAUCUCGAUUCUGCAAAGUGCCCGCGUCGUGAGUCGGUUGUACCACGAAGGCAUCCGGUUGGCCAAGCAGCAAACCUCGGCCUUGCAUCGGUUGGGCUGACCGCAGCUACAUUUGAUAUUGCAUGGAGCUCGUUAUUGCAUUUUUAAUAUACUCGUAUGUCUUUUCGUUCUCGAA